AAAGAAAGUAUUUAAUCGCUGCUCCCCACAUGUGAGCAGUCGUGAUCGCUGUACAGCAAGGUUAGCUGGAAGAAAAUAAUACACAGAAAACAUGGCAAAGUCAGGCAAAGCAACCCAAUUAAGGACAUAAUCUAAAAAGAAAGCUGGAAAGAUUAGCAAGGACAAUAACUCUGAGGGCCAGACUGAUUCUCCAGCAUCAACAGAGGACACUGCCACUACUCCACAGGUCAUUGUGGUAGCUGCCCCUACUUCACAGGUCGUCGUUUCCACAGAACCUGAAGAGGCAGUGAUGGAGAAGGAUGGAGACAAAGUAACUCCUGUUGAAGAUUAUGUUUCGGAGGUCAAAGAUGCCCCAGCUUCAGAAGCGGAACAGAUGGACUCAACUCCUGCUGCUGGGGCGGAAACGGUUAAGGUCCAGGCUGUUGCAGCAGCCCCAGUAAAAAGGAAAGUGGAAACAGAGGAGGAUACUUCACCAGCGAAGAAAACAAAGUGCAUUAAUGAUGGUUUUUGUCUAUUUGUUGGAAGCUUGAACACAACCAAGAAAGUGGAGGAAAUUAAUGAUGCAUUGGCAAACCUCUUCACAUUGCAUAGUCUGUUGUUUCAGGAUAUUCGAGUGGACAUUACAAAGAAAUUUGCGUAUGUAGACUUUUACACAGAAGAAGACUUGACGAAAGCCCUUGAGCUGAAUGGGGAGAAGAUCCUGGACCAAAAGAUGAGGCUAGGCAAGGCCAAGGUCAAAGACCCCACAGUAGAUGACAAAAAAGCGAAAGAUGCCAGGACCUUGUUUGUCAAGAAUAUCCCAUUUGCAGCAACAAAGGAGGACUUGAAGAAAAUCUUUGACACGGCUGUCGAAAUCAGGUUUCCUGGAGGCAUUGGCACCCCAAGCAAAGGAAUUGCCUACAUAGAGUUCAAAACGGAGGCCACUGCUGAGAAGGUGCUGGAGGAGAAACAGGGGACUGAUGUCCAAGGCCGUGUAAUCGUUAUUGACUUUUUGGGAGAAAAGAGCCAACAACCAAAAAUCAUCAAAGCUCCAGCUGAGGCCACACAUAAUAACGAAUUACUGGUGACCAACCUGGCUUACGCUGCAAAAGAGGACGCCCUGAAGAAAAUCUUUCUCAAAGCAGUCAGUGUCAAGAUACCGCAGAGCAAUGGUACACCAAGAGGUCUUGCCUUCAUUCAGUUUGAAAGUGUGGAGGAUGCCAAAGAAGCCCUGGAAUCAUCGUUAAACAAAGAGAUUUGUGGAAGAGCCAUCAGAGUAGAGUUCAGCCAGAAGAGGCCAGAAGGUGACAAAGGGAACUCUGUUCCUUCGAAGACGUUGAUGAUCAGGAACCUCGCCAAGGAGACUAGUGAGGAGACUUUGAAAAGUGCCUUUGAAGGCGCCAUUGAAGCUCGAGUCACCAAAGACAAGGAGACUGGCGUAUCUAGAGGGUUUGGCUUUGUGGACUUUGAGAGCCCAGAGGUCUGCAAGGCUGUCAAGGAUGCCAUGGAAGACCUUCAGAUUGACGGGAGCAAUGUGACCCUGGUCUAUGCCAAACCCCAGGGUGAAAGAGGACCUCGUGGAGAAGGAGCGGGCUUCAACAGGCGUUUAGGAGGGAAACCCGGGGCUAGAGGUGGUGCUGGGGGCAGAGGUGGCGGCUUCAGGGGUGGACGAGGAGGCAGAGGUAGUGGCGGCGGAAAGAGGACUUAAAACAGAAAAGAAGUAAAGGAAGAUGAAGAUUUUUUUUGAUUUUUUUGACAAUGGACUGCUGCAACUGCUCUAAUUCAACAUCUACAUUUCCUGACAAGUUUGUGAUGGGCUCCUAACCCUAAUAAUUAUAAGAAACAAACCACAUUUAUGUGAAAAGAUUCUACCACGUUGUUCAUACAUAACGAUGAAAUGUCUUACAUUACGUGUAACAUUUUUGGGGGGGUUUUCUGUUUUACUUUAGUUUACCUUUUAAUUGUUAUUUUCUUGAUUAUGUAAAGACUUUAUUGAAGACUGGGCAAUUAAAAGGUCCCCAAAAUUUAAA